ACUCACAGUCCAUUACGCAGUUGUACUAAUAUUGUGAUAUUUGACAGAUACGUAUUCCGUAUUUUGUAAAUUGACAUUUUGUGAAUCAGAUUUUCUUUGUCGGUAGCGGCGUAAAUUUUCUCAAAAAAUAUGGAAAAUAUACAAGUAAUUACACAGGAUUAUGUCAAUGUACAUAUUACGAAGUCUGAUAGUGAAGAUGCAGCCCCAGUGGAGCGAAGAUUUAAGAAAGGAAUCAAUAUUCAGGAGUUUAAGUCAAAGCUAGAGUUGGUGACGGGCGGUUCGGCAGCGACUAUGAAACUGAAGGUUUACGACAAUAAGAACAACUUUAUCUGCGACAUUGAUAACGAUGAGGCGCUGCUCGGCUCCUACCCCAUUGACGAUGGGAUGAGGAUACACGUCAUAGACAAGUUCAAUUUGAUCAAAGACUUCGCUUCCACGGAUAGUGCUGAGAGGUUCCGCCUCUCAGAAGAGGAGUAUGAGAAGAAGGGAGAUACACUUCGCUCAUUCCUGCAACGCAACAAACUCGGCAAAUACAAUGAGGAAGAACUGAACAAAAUGAAAGAACAGCAGCAGAAAGAGUUAGAAGAGGAAGCUAGGCUGGCAGAAGCAGUAUUGGUGGGGGCUAGGUGUGAGGUCCGUGUGCCACAACAGCCCGUGCGACGAGCUACCGUGCGGUACAAUGGUCCACUGGACGGCGCUAAAGGACUGUGGAUUGGAGUGCAGUAUGAUGAACCGCGUGGCAAGAACGAUGGCUCUGUAAACGGCAAGCGUUACUUCACAUGCCCUCCUAAGUAUGGCGGUUUUGUGAAGCCUGUCUAUGUGACUGUGGGAGACUUCCCGGAGGAGGAGUUUGAUCUCGACGAUGAGAUAUGAUCGCGGAGCGGCACCCUCACCCUCUGCACCGCCUAAACGCUCACGCUUUAGAGUGAUUGUAGGCAUUUUUUCAUUAAACAGGGGACACUCAAAAGCUAUAAAUUUUUGUGUACACAAACUGUUUUUUAUAUAUAUUAAAAAGCGUCUAUACCAGGCAAAAUUUUGGGGUUUUCAGAAAAGUUGCAAUGUUUAACUUUAAUUAAAGUAAGAAAUGUUCAGCAAUUUUCAGCUUUUAUUGGUCCUCUGUUUGAUGAAAAAAUAUUUUUACAAUUGCUUUCACAGGAUUUUGUAGAGCAUAUUUGUAUGAUUUGUAAUCGACUUUUGACAUUAUUUAUUUUGUUUAGCACUUUUAAAUCAUGCUUGAAAUUAGCAGCAUGGAAUGCAGGUGGCUAAAAAGGUAGUGGAUGUUUGAGUCUGAUUGAAAUAAUUUUUUUAUUCUCAAAGAUUAAUCAUGACAUUAAUGUAUCUAGAACUAAUUUGUCAAAAUUAUGAACAUGAAAAAAUAUUUCUUUAUAUAUUGAAAUGAUCUACAAAAUCAUUUGUGAAUUAAUGUUUUACUAUGUGUUCACAAGCCAUUAAUAGAUUUUUACAAUUUGUAGGCCAACAGGUGCAUGUAACUUAUGAAUAACCUUUCUUGGACCUAGUAAAUCUAGUAAUGGUAAUUUGGAGGAAUAUUGAACACAUUUAGCUUGCUGGCAAGCUGCAAUAUGCUUUACUACUUAUUUCUAUACGAAAUUGUGGAAGUGUUUGGAGAAGAAACUUUGUGUUUGAAAUUUAAUGUAACCAAUACAUUCAUACUAAAAUAAAUAAUUUUCUACUAAAGUUGUAAUUUAGGUAUUAUGAUAAUUGGAAAUGAAUUUAACUUUGAAUAAAUCGGUAACAUUAAAUAAUAAAUUAGGUCAUAAUGUCGCUGAAAAAACACAACUGCAUGAUAUGCCUUUGAAUGAUCUUCUAGUUCUGUGUGUAUACAGUAUCAUAUUUGUUGGGCAAGUCCUUAUUAACCCAACAAAAUCGCACUGAAUCAGACAUUUAAUUAAACUACAUUGUACAGAGAAAUAUUUGUGUUAUACAAGCGAUAUUAUGAUUUUAAUAUGAGCAUGACUGGAAUAGAUUUUUAUAAAUAUUUUUUCAAUGUAUCGUAGAUUGUUUUUAUUUACCGCUAUAAAUUUAUUUUAUAUUGAAUUUCGGUUAGUAUAACACAUUCCUAAUUGUGUAAAAAUACUCAAUGUAGACACAUAUCCAGCUUUACACCGAGGUUGUAAAUUUAAUAAUGUUUAUUUUAAUGAUAAUAAACCCUACAACAAUU